UGGUUUUUAUUGACUUCUCCAAACUCGACUGUAAUACCUGGUCGAGCGGGAACCAAAAGCAGCAGAAGCUACUGGCUAGCUGUUUUAGCUUGCGUGGAGUUUGUAUCAUGGACUGGGACCAGAAUGAGCUACUGUCGCCUAUCGUACGGGAUGCUGAAGUGACCAGAGCAGCACGGCGAAAGAGUUCAAUUAAGAAAAAGGCUAAAUUCAACUUCCCUAAUGAUGAAACUCUGAGUGCCACGACCACACCUGCCCGCUCUCUGCUCCGCCAAACCCCUGGCUCCCUCCUGAAACAGUCCUUCACUCCAAAGACCACUGGUCGGAAUCCAGAUGUGUCUGCCAUCUUGGCGAGUGUCGGCCGGACGCCCCGCUUCAUGCACACUCCACGACCCCCCCUGGGGGGCAUGAGCUUGAACCUGGACGACAGUGACUGGACGACCGGCCUGUAUCCGUCUCCUCUGUCUGUCCUGGGGGAUAACAGCUUCACUGACGACCUCAACAUGAGCUCUGUGAUCCUGAAGGAGGAAGACCCUGGAGAGGCUGCGUCCGCCAGCCUGUUCCCUGACUUCCUCCAGGCGUACCUCAGACACUCCUCCAGCGCCAUCUUUGACCUGCUCGAGGAGUACGAGGCUAUCUGCCAGGAUAAGGUGGGCAUGCUCCAGAGGAUGGUGUCCAGGGCAACGCCGGGCCAACAGAAGUCCUCCAAGACGGCAGGGAUGAGAUGGCUCCUCCAGCAGGAGAUGGUCACCUGGCGCCUCAUCACCUCUCUGUAUAGGGACAGGAUCCAGACAGAGCUGGAGGAUGACAUCAUGAUGGAUGUGGCUACGUUCCAUGCUAGUGAGAAGGAUGUGAUGGAGCAGCUUUUCCAAAGAGAAGCAGUUGUACGGCAAAGUCAGUUGGUUGUAGAUUGGCUCGAGAGCAUUGCCAAAGAUGAAAUUGGAGACUUCUCUGACAACAUCGAGUAUUAUGCCAAGUCGGUUUACUGGGAGAACACUCUGCACGCUCUGAAAACGAGACGAAACACCGACAAUUCUGGAUUCAACAUUCCCCUGGUUACCGAGCUGGACCCCGACGCCCCCAUCCGACAGAGGCGGCCGUUGGCAGAUCUGGACCGGGAGGAUGACGCCCGCCUGCUGAAGUACCUGUUCACCCUGCUCCGAGCGGGCAUGACCGACGAGGCCCAGAGGCUGUGUAAGCGCUGUGGACAGGCCUGGAGAGCCGCAACUCUAGAAGGAUGGAAGCUUUAUCACGACCCCAACAUCAGUGGAGGUGGUCUGCAGCUCCUCCCAGUAGAAGGGAAUCCUCAGCGCUGUGUGUGGAAGGUGUGCUGCUGGAGGAUGGCUGAGGAUGAGCAGUUCAACAGAUAUGAGAGGGCCAUCUAUGCUGUUCUGAGUGGAAAUCUAAAACGGGUGCUUCCAGUGUGUGAGUCUUGGGAGGACAGUGUGUGGGCUUACUUCAGGGUGUUGGUGGACUCUCUAGUGGAGCAGGAGGUUAUCCGGUCCUCUGGGAUGGACAGUGAGGAGCUGGAGGAGCUGCCAAAAGAGUACCUGGAGGCCAACUGGACCCUGGAGAAGGUGUUUGAAGAGCUGCAAGCGACUGAGUCAAAGAGAGUUCUGGAGGAGAACAAAGAGCAGUAUCACAUCAUCCAGAAGUUUGUCAUCCUAGGAGACCUCGACGGUCUCGCGCAGGAGUUCAGUAAGUGGUUGGUCACAGGUCCAACUCUUCCCUCUCACCUGCUACGCUUCAUGACUCACCUGGUGCUGUUCUACAACAGCCUGGGCCUGCAGCUUAAGGAGGAGGUGUCAGUGGAGGUCCUGAAAGCCUACAUCGCUCUGUUGGUGAAGGAGAAGCAAGUGGACCUGAUAGCCUUCUAUGUCAGCCACCUGCCAUCCGACAUGUCCACCUCACAGUACGCGCACUUCCUGGAGGGGGUCAGCGAGGCCGAGCAGAGACAGCGGUGUCUGGAGCUGGCCCGGGAAGCCGGUCUGGACGUUGCAGCGGUCACUAAGAUGGUGGUGGAGAACAUCAGAGAGCGGGACACUGAGGAGUUUGCUCAUCAUGACCUCACACCAGCGCUGGAUGCUGGCACCUCGACAGAGGACCAGAGAAAGAUCGACGUGAUUGAUUGGUUGGUGUUUGACCCCGCCCAGAGAGCUGAGGCCCUCAAACAGAGCAACGCCAUCAUGAGGAAGUUCCUUGCCUGCAAGAAGCACGAUGCAGCCAAGGAGGUGUUUGCUAAGGUACCAGACGACUCCAUGAGAGAGAUAUACCGCCAGUGGGAGGAGCAAGGCCUGGACAUGCCCCUUCCCGCUGAGGACGAGAACGCCAUCAGGGAGCACCUGUGUAUUCGUGCCUACCUGGAGGCUCAUGAGGCCUUUAACGAGUGGUUCAAGCACAUGAACACCCCUCCUCAGAAGCCCAGCCUGCCUGCUCAGGCCAAGUUUACUGAGACGGUGGCCUUUGAGAUGAAGGAGAAGGAGUACCAGAUGGAGCAUGACAACUGGAGUGGCCGCCUGGACGCUCUGACAGAGGACGUUAAAGAGCGGAUCUACAACGUCUUGCUGUUCGUGGACGGAGGAUGGAUGGUCGAUGUCAGGGAGGAUGCGGAGGAGGACCCAGAGCGAGGCCACCAGAUGGCAAUGUUGCGGAGGUUGUGUCUGCCCAUGAUGACUUUCCUGCUGCUGACGGUUCUGCAGAGAACACAGCGUCACCAGGAGAGCCUCAGAAUGGCCGACAUCAUCGCCUCCGACCAGCACCGGCUCUACGAGGUGUUCUCCAAGGAUGAGCUAAGGAAGUUCCUACAGAAGAUCAGGGAGUCCUCUCUUCUCCUGUUGGAUAAGGGUCUUGACCCACUAGGCUAUGAGAUCCAACCCUGAAUUGAAGCCUUGCACUGGCCUUGAUUUAUUUCACUGUGUUUUUUUGUUUUUCUGUAGCUGAAUGGAGUUUUUUUGAAUUUACAUUAAAAGUGACAAAAAUA